AAACUUUGCUAGUGGCGAUACGUUAAGCAACCGAAAGUUAUCUUGUAUGAAAACGGACUGUAACUUAUCAUCCUUAAUUGAGCAUGAGUACAAACAAUAAUCAUGCACAUCUUAUUUCCUUGUUGGCAGGCUCAACUGCUGGACUUUCUGUUGAUCUUGCACUUUUUCCAAUCGAUACAAUCAAAACUCGUUUGCAAAGUUAUCAUAACAAUGUUCAAAGGACUCCUGGUUCCCUCCGUCUUUUUGCCGGUUUCCCAGCAGUUGCUAUAGGUUCUGCUCCUGCAGCUGCAGUAUUUUUCUUAACUUAUGAGGCAGUUAAAGAUGUAUGUAGGGAUCUCGGUAUGCAUCCGAUAAGUCAUUCAGUUCUAUCUGCUUGUAUUGCAGAAAUUGUUGCUUGUAUUAUAAGAGUACCCUGUGAAGUGGUGAAACAGAGAACGCAAAAUCAGCCUGCUCAUGGUGUUUCAACUGUGUUUCUACAGACUUUGCGUAAUGAGGGCAUUCGUGGAUUUUACAGAGGAUAUGUCAGCACAUUAUCACGAGAAAUCCCAUUUUCACUCAUUCAAUAUCCCAUAUGGGAAAAAUUAAGGUAUAUGACUAUGGAAUGGAACAGAAAUGCAGUUGGAACCGAUGACAUUACAGACCCAACAGCGUUCCAGUUAAAGGCUUGGCAGUCAGCUAUGUGUGGAUGCUUAGCUGGCUCAAUAGCUGGCGCUGUAACCACACCUUUAGAUGUGGCCAAAACUCGAAUAAUGUUGGCUGAGCCCAAUUCUAAUUUUGCAUCUGGUCAUAUAAUUUACGCCAUGCGAACAAUAUUUCAAGAGAGUGGAAUUCAUGGGCUUUUCUCAGGUUUAAUACCUCGAAUCACAUUACUAUCUGUUGGUGGAGCUAUAUUUCUUGGCAUUUAUGAUAUUUCUACCAGUUUCUGGACUUUAUUUCUUCAAAAUUCUAAAGAUUGAUGUAACCACGUACUUGACAUAGUUUUUUUUCAAUAAAACACUACUAUUUUGUUCCUUAUGUUCUCAGUCCGUGAUGGUAUUUCUCGGUGUAUUGUACCUAUUUAGUUAGUUCUAAAUAAUUUUUCCUAAACUUUCUAAAGUUGACACUGUCAUUGUUUGUAUAUUUCCCAUAAAUAUUUUACUUCGGCUGCUCAACACGUGAAUACGUAAAUCUUUAGUUUUGUUAUUGUUUAGUGUUUCAGCUGAACAGAUUUCAACUCUCUCCAUGAAAUAAAAUGAACCUUGACAAACUAGUGAACAAAUUAAAGUUUCAUUUUAAUCAGAAAACUUGAAGUAUUGUCUUGUCUAAAUCUCUUAAUACAUAACUCACUAUUAUCUAACCUUCCAUUGAGAAAAUUGAUGUUUUUGAAUAAGAAACUGAAAAAUAAUCACCAUCCAAAAAUGUCUAAAAUAAAAGCUUUACAUGCCUGUCUGUACUGAACUAUUCAGAUCGAAGUGAAUCGUCGAAUGAUAUCAUACUUGUGUUUCAGCAUCGAAACGUAAUUAUUACUCUUCGUUAUUCUUCAUUACAAACGGAUAUAAUACUCAGUUGUUUGCAUUAUAUUCAUAUGUUUAUCUAUAUACCUAUAUAAAUCACCAGAAUGGUUCAUUUCCAAAUGCAUACACUUGAAAUAUUACUUAGGUCAUCUGAAAAAUUAUCACUACUAUUUCUAAAUAUAAUAACAUCUAAAAGUUUUAAUAACUUUAAACUAACUGUUGCUAAUUUGUUAACUUCCUGGUUGAAAUUUUAAUGAUGUUUGUAUUCAUGUUACAAGUCGAUAUUAUUUAGAUACUGAAUGGAUUGAUGAUUCUUGAACAACACUGUUGUAUUUUCUGAGGAUUUUUCUGUAGUAUUGUUGUAUUUAUAUUUAAUAUUACGGUGAUGAGAGUUAUCUUGAUGAAUUAUUUGUACUGUUGUUAAGUAAAUGAAUGUAUUAUUUCACUUGAU